AUGGAAGGUGCAAGGGAGACGGCCGCUCCCAGACCAACAUACCCAGCUGGACAAAACCUUGUGGAACCCCCCCGCAUCUUGGCGGCCGCAUCUUGGUCAACUGGGCCAGCGCCUCCUCAUCAAGGAUGCAACUAUGUGGAAGAAGCGCACAAACGCCUGGACAUGAUAUUUGCCAACUUCAGGGCCAAACUGUACCAGCAUCUGGCACAACCAUCAUCCCCUGCAACGCGGGAGGUAAAGGAGCGGGGAACAGGACAGCGACAAAUCAAGAGCACACCUCACCCACGGGCCCCUGCUACUCGGGCAGAUGGCCAGUCCGGACUCACAAGAGACAGAGGACUCACCCUGAAGCACCACACAAGUCGCAAACGAACACUUCGCCAUCAGCGCCCUGGUUCACUGCAAGAACCCCCCACAAAGGGUGUCACCGGGAAGGAACAACAGGGGGGAACCCCAAGCGGCAAAGCAAAGAUCAUCAAUGCGGCCGAAGCGCCGACCCCCUGCAGCUACUCCGAGGGCACACCCAAGUCUACCACUAAGAGAAUCUGGAAAUCAGCAGAGACCUCUGCGACCGCAUGGCACAAGAAACGGGCAGCACAACAAGGGGCGAAAUGCCUUCACUACCCACUGUUCAAGCAGACUUGA